GAUUGGAGUCAAUUUCACCUGCAAGACCAGGAGGUGUCACUUACGAUAUCCACUAACACGAUUACGAUCCUUAAACUUAAAGUCCCUGGCGGCAAAGACGGUCAUGAUAAUGCGUGAAGGAGAUGCAAUUGUUUUCUCGACCUGCGCAGCGAUAGCAAUGAGGUUCCGAGACACAAAAUACGAAAUUCGGGCUGAAGCAGGCAACCAAUCUGGCGACUCCUCUGGCAGCACUUAUCAGUAUUUUCCUCGGCACGAUGGGGGAAUCUAUGAAGAAUGUCAAACGAACUGCAAUUCGGAGCCCGUUUCUUUUAACACAAUCUUUCCGGCUUUUUCUCGUAGGCCAGAGUAACGCACACGUUUCGACGGUUCACGGGAGCUAGGAUCUCAAGGAACCACUAAAAAUCCGCAAUUGUGUUGAAUGUCCCCGAGUUGAGCGUUAAGCGGUGCUGGGCGCUGAACUUGAUUGAAGUCAAGGCGUUAAGGUCAUAAACCGGAAAGAGGGGGGAACAUAUCGGAUGAGCAGCUUUGAAUGACUGCUUGGUUUUUAUUUAUUCAAAACCCGGAACGUUUCGAUGCGAGGAUGCGAACAUCCGAGUUUUACCGUUAUAAUCCGGGGCUCUGAAAGUCUUUUAAAGUUCCGCAUUCCUGGCUUCUAACCGUCCAGCCCCCCCCCAACUUUGACCGUCGCCCGCCAUGGUUUUCUCAAACACCUUUACUAUUGCUGACGAUAUUCAAUUGUACUACACCGAUAGCGGUGCCCCUCCAAAUUUUCCUGAAUACACCACGUUACUUGUAUUACACGGCUAUGGAUUCGGUGGAGCUGGAUUUGAAGCUAUGCAGUCGCACUGCCACGACUACAACCUACGCGUGGUCGUCGUAAACCGGCGCGACUACCGGGGAUCAACUCCCUUUACGGAUUCAGAGCUCGAGGAAGUUCGACAGGGAAACCCAAUUUUUCUAGAGCGACUAGCCGUUCACCUAGUCAUGUUCUUGAAGCAGUUUAUCGAAAAGGAAAAUAUUCCUGUGAUCACGGACAAUCGAAAAGGAGGCGGACUGGCGAUUAUGGGAUGGUCUCUUGGUGCGCUUACAGCUAUCGCCCCGUUUUCGAAUCCGGAUUUGUACGAUGAAGAGACGCGUGUGAUACUCGAGCGUUAUGUUAAAGGUCUGAUACUCUAUGAUCCUGCCUACGCUGCUCUCGGCUGCAGUAUUCCCCCCAAGGUUGAUCCUUCCAAACUAUAUACCCUUUGGACGGAUCCAGAUGCCGCCCAAAUGAGUCCAGAGGAAGCCAUCCAAAAGGGUCUUCAUUGGGGCAGCUCGUACUACCAAUAUACGGUCACUAGUGAGGGUGUUCCCACCCUCGAAAGUUUUGAGAAGACAGCCUCCUUGUGCCGAACGGAAAAUUCCCUGGCUGAUUCUUGGACGCAGAACGACGCCAUGCGAAUGCUUGACCCGGAAGGAAGUCAUCCUCUCCGCGCUGAUACUGGACUACUUGCUCCUCAGUGGCAAGCGAUCACAAAGGACGCCGCACAUCGGGCGCUCCUCAAUGAGUCCCUAGCUCAGAAAUUUCUGCCGCAACUUUCGGUCUUAUUUCUCUAUGCUCCUCAUUCACCCUGGAUGGCGGUUCUGGCUCACAUGGAAACGUACAGAAUCUAUCAGGAACAUGUUAAGCGGAAGGAAGCUAUUCGGCUGAUAAACUUUGUGAAGUUGACAGGUGCUAAUCACUUUAUGCAUGUCGCCAAUCCCAAAUUGCUGCUGGAAGUUAUAGCAGGAAACUUGUAGGCUGCAAGUCAGUCGUCUCAACUCGAACGACGGGGGGUUCAACUACCUCCGUCGCCGGUUACAUGUACAGUACAAGUUCCGAAAUAUAUAGUUGUAAUCGACCCUUGACAUCAAGGUACGCAUUGAACAUGGCGGGGUUGCCGGUAAAGUACGUAAGGGAUAUACUACUGAACCUCCUUUAAUGAUGCCCCGUCGGGCUCAAAGGUUUGUGCCAUUACUAGGGAGUACGCGCUCAAUUAUAG